AUGAGCGGCUCCCUGGGCCCGAACCGAGCGUCCGCAACGCUCCCCCGGGGGCGGCCCGAGCGGCCGACCGGCGGCGGGCGAGGGCGGGAACGGCGCCUCCCCGCAGAGCCUGCGCUCAUUGGGCGAGCGGCGCGUGACGUCAGUGCGUGCGCGCCCCCGACGCCGGGCGCCCCGGCGCGCUUGGACGCGGGUCCUUUCCCACCUCUCGGCGCGCUUCCAGGGCCGCUCCCCCCCCUCCCCAACGCCCCUGCAUUCCGCCACCGGCGGCGCGGCGAUCGGUGCGUCCGUCGUCUCCCGAGCGCGGGAGAUAACGGAUGGAGACCCGGAGAAGUCGGGCUGACGUGGCCCGGCGCGGCCGUCCGUUAUUCCGCGCCCAUCCCCCGCGUCGGUCGUGGGUCCUACCGGAUACCUCUGUGGCGACCGCCCAGCAUCCCGCAGUGUGUUGCUGCCUCCCUUGCAGGGCAGCGCCGCAGAGAGCCCGAGCGCAGGCGGUUGGGACACUGACCAAGCCGGCCAGAGGACGAACUGCAUCAGGGACUGCCAUCGCUAACCCGCACGGACCGGCAGACCUGCGUCCGCAGAGAAUGGGCCCCGAGAAGGGACCAAUCGGAACCGCGAGAAGGGGACUAACUUUCCCACCUUGGGGGAUUUCAAUUUUAGUGAAAAAGAAGUUUAUUUGAGGUCUGGGAGCAGUGGAUGGGCUGAAGUGAAUUUGCCAGCAUAUUGGAAGGUGCCUUAGCGACUCCAUUCAGAUUGUGUUCACGCCCCCCCUCCCUUCUUUCCUCUCUGAGGGCAUUAUCCGGAGUCCAUCCCUCAGGCCUUACUUUUAAUGCCUACCCAUUUCACAGAAUACUAGUGGCAUACUAAAGAAAUUUCAUAGGGGUCACAUCGUGGGAUCCUGAGUUCUUGGUUUCUACUUGG